UCUUGUAGAACUGUCAUGACAGAUAAGACGGAACUGCAACGUAUAUACUCUAGCAUGUAUACAAAACAACAACCUGUAGGCCUCUGGAGCCUGGCUCUUGAGGCAGUGUUUCUCGAAGGCUAUACCACACCGCAUCAGUAAGUUGUUCAUGCCUGUGAUCUUUUGUGUCUACCUGAUGGAUAUUACUAUUAUGUAGUAUUGGAACAAGCCACGAUACCUCAAACUAUGGAAAGGCAAACAUUAAGACUACACGAUUCCUCCCAGUCACUGGAAUCCAGAAUGGCGGACGUGAAGAUUUCUUCUGGCGAUCACGUGGUACUUGUUGCUGUGGAUUCCAGUGGUCCUUCAGAAUAUGCCUUGAACUAUUACUUGAACCAACUUCAUCAACCAAAUCAUUUUGUGAUACUCCAUCACACGUUUGAGUUACUUCAGAUGCCGUGUGGGAUAGGACAUACGUCCGCCCUAAGUGCUGAAGAUUGGCAAGACAUGUACAACAAGCAGGGAGAAGCUGCGAAGAAGUUGCAGGAAGAGGUCAAAGUCAUGCUCGCACGUGCGAAUGAGAGAAUUCGCCACAGGUUCAUAUUUGAAGGGCACCUCUCACACAAGCCAGGAGAGGCUAUAGUAAAGGCGGCGGAGGACUACCACGUCAAUCAUAUCGUCAUGGGCACGAGAGGUCGUGGUCUUUUGAAGAGGACCGUCAUGGGAAGCGUCAGUGAGCACGUGCUACACCACGUGGAUUGCCCUGUCACUAUUUGUCACCUGCCAAAGGAGUUGCCCGAUAAACCUGACGAACACCAUCAUAAAAAGAUGUCACUUAAGUCUUAGUUCACUGACUGAGAAAUACACUGCUGAAGAUGCAUUUCUAAGCUUUCAGUCGUCGCCGAACCAGCCUGCACAACUGUUAUAUGAUAAUGGUUGUUGGGUGUGACUGAGCCGCAUGUUCUAAUCAGAGAACCAUACCUUAUUGUCCAGAGCUAGCAUUAAUCUGUCCAAGAUGUAUUGUUCCCCAAAUACACCAUCGCAAUUAGACUACGGGAUAGAAAUCACUGGAAACUCACCUUGUAUUCGUCUUGUCACAUCAUCAUGCGCGUGUGAAUGCGGGAAGAUGGGAAACAAAAAAAAUUACUCACCACUCAUCUUAUUAAAAGAUAGGGAAAUGUGCCUCAGGAGAAAUCUCUGGUUGUUUUGAUAUAUAACAGAAGUCAAGUCCAUGUCCGAAUUUUCGAGAGAAAUAUACUCAUCAGGAUUUUUUGGGACGUAUACACUCUCGCCUGUGUAUGUCCAUGGCCAGGGGGCCGAUGCAAAAUAUGCUCAUUUGGUUGAGUUGAUGUACUUGUUGAUAUCAUAUCUUCAUUCUAUAACUAUCCGCAAUGUAUUUGCUUAGUGUAUUUUGAAAAGUUACGUGGGACCAGUCCUUAUUUCUUACCCGUCUCACAAUCCUUGCCGGUGUAACUGCCAGUGCAUGAUUUACAUACAUAGUCCGAGCCUCCCUGAAGCUUGCAUGUUCCUCUGUCGUUGCAUGUUUUACCAAAGCAUGCAUUGGGCGCUGAGAUGAAGUAAAUAAUGUUAGGAUAUCAAUUUGAUACCAGGAUUUUUGACCUGCAGUUGAUUCUACCCGGACACAAGCGGGUAGUUUCAAUUGCCUAAUUUUGUUUUCUUCCCUUGUAUCAUGACUCUUCAACACCCUUCUUUAGUUGAAUCUAAUAGACUGAACACCAAAUUGAAGUUAAACAAAACUUCGUGACUCAACUUUUUUUGAAGAACCAUGAAAUUGGCCCUGAUGAGCCUGGUUUAGUUUUUUAUGUAUGAUGUCACGUCCCUCAAAUAACACUUAUCUAAGGAAUUGUUUUCUUCAGUGUAUAUUUUAAUUGGUUCCUCACCCGUCUCGCAGUCAUUGCCGGUGUAGCCACCAUUGCACGAACAUGUAUAAUUAGCGAUUCCCUGGAAUUGGCAUGUCCCUUUUCCGUUACACGUUACACCACCGCAAGGGUUUGGAGCUGAAAUAAAAAAAGAGCUUUUAACACUGGAGUCGACUUACAUGCAUUGUAUAUUACUAAGUAAGCUUUCUGAUGGUGUGAAUAAAGUUGAGUUGGACGAAAAUGAAGUUGAAAAUAAACUUACCAGUCUGACAGUCCUUUCCAGUGUAGCCACCACUGCACGAACAUGUAUAAUCAGUGAUUCCCUGGGGUUGGCAUGUCCCUUUUUCGUUACACGUGACAUCAAGGCAAGGAUUUGUGAAUGGAUUCGGCUCUGAAAUAUGGAAUAUCAUUAUAUUCAGGGAGCGGGCGGGUGCGAGGUUAUUGUUACACUCUCUGUAAUUAGCAUAGUUCUACAUGUAACUAGUGAUUCCGAUGAUAUCUAAUUCAUCACAUGCAAUUUAGAACUUAAAAUAACACAUUGCUUAGGUGACAAGAUCUUCAUCGUCGUCAGUUAGUUUGCUUCACCCUAAAAUUGACGAUACGUUAUUUCGAAUUUCAUAAUUCGUAAAAAGAUUUAUUUCCGAUUGAAAGUAGUUCCUACCCUUCAUGCACUGCGCCUGAAUCCCAGACCUUGUCCAGUCAUCAUCUAUUAUAGUGCAUGACGUGUUCUCCAUGCGGAUAGUCGGUACACUUGUUGAGUACAUAUGUGACCAACUGUCGUCAUAAUGAAAUGUAAUUAUAAAAGGACAAUUUCAAAUUAUAUCCAGUUCAUGACAUCACAAUCUUUCUCGCUUGAGCGAAGUUUUGUUUUCACUUUCAUUUCCGUUAAGUGUCGCAUUUGAUAGAAUCAAAAAAAUAUUCAAAUAGCCCUGUUAAAAACAAAUUAAAGUUCUGUGCUUCUUAAUGACAUCUGCUAUUUAUAAGUAUCAUAUACGUGUACUCCAGUUUCACCGAUGAAUAUAUUCAAUCAAAACGAGCACAUGGUCGUUCGAUACUACAUGUAUUUAGCAUGUUCAAUUUGGACAGAAAUGGGUUUGCGACAUCAAUUUUUCUGAUGGUCAUGACGUGAUAUUUUGGUUAGACCUUUGUGUCGAUUUCGUAGUAAUGAAUGAAGUGGUCUUAAAUCGGUGAAACUAGAGUAAGCUAAAACAACACAUGCAUGUACACCAUAAUACAAGGAUCACUAAUGGCUUUAUACAUGUACGGUCAGCAAAACAAACUGAUAAAGAACUUACUAAGAAAUAGGUGAACAGCCAUAGACAACAUAGCCAUCCGGACAGGAUAUUCUCGGUGCACUACCGGAACUACCAUCACCAUUUGAGGAGCGUACUAACCGUUGAUGAACCAGGUCGGACUGGUAGGAACAAGUCACCACCGCCUGGAAACCGAGUACUAGAAGAAUAAUUAAGUGCGACUGAAAAAAUGCUAUUACGAAACUAUAGGUGACUAUGUGACUAUCCGACCAAAGUUCACGGAAUGACUAAAUCUCAAAACUCAUCUUUGUGCAGAUAUAUAGAACUCGCUUAAUGUUAUAACCGGGCUACAUAUAUUUCUGUCAACGCUAUAUAGAUUUUGAUCCCGUCCAAAACCGGGUCUGACCCACUUCUCGUUUUUGGGUAAUGUCAGCCCGCUACAUGUAAUUUCCGGGUUAUACUAAACACCUUCAAACUCGGCAUGGUGUAAAUGCCUCCAUGAUGUUAACAUUUACUUAUAUUGUGGUACAUGUACAUGUACUAUCUUGACAUGCAAAGUUUUAAACUAAAAAAGAACGUGCUUUUAUCGACUUCCCGCCGUAGGCAUAUACAGCGGUACAGUCACCAUUUCCGGCAAAGUAGGACCCAUCGCAGAAGAAGUCUUUAUUGCAUAAGCAGGUCAGGCCGACUCGUCUAUCAGGACACACCACCACUGAACGAGCGUCAUCCUUUACUUCACUUGCUGGGCCAACGUCUGAAAAAAAGUUCCAUGUAUGAUUAAACAUGACUUAUUAUGACA